AUGAUAGAUCGCCUGUCAUCGCAGGCGGGCUCGGGUCAGGUCACCCUCUCGGACCGCAGCAAGUACGGCACCUCAGUCAACGGCCAGCGAAUGGAGGGAGACGAGCCAGUGGCUGAGGGGACCGUCAUCACAUUCGGCCUGCAGUGGAACACCUGGACCCUGAGCUGGCGGCCCCUGACGGUGGCCACGUCGCUGCUGUCACCGGCCGACCGGCAGCAGCUGGGCCAGUGGCUGAUCGAGCUGGGGGCGACGCUUCUCCAAGAGUGGGCUCCCACUGUCGACUUCCUGGUCAUGACCUCCUUCAAACUCUCCGUGAAGUCGGUGCAGGCGUUGGCGGCCGGCGUGCCGGUGGUGACGCCGGCGUACGUGCGUACCUCGUGCGAGUGCUGGAGAGAGAGCACCAUCUCACCGGCCGUCACGCCCGACGAUUUCCAGCCGCCCUUCGACGAGCCUUCACUCAACGGACCGGACUUCAACCUCGGCGUGGACCCACGCCGCCGCACGCUGUUUGCCGGCAAGCAGUUUGUGUUCACUGACGAGGCGCAGCACCAGCGAAUGCGCUCAGCCAUACAGCUGGCCGGCGGCACGUCGAUGUUGCUCUCCGACGGGAAACUGUCCGCCAGUCAGCUGGUGACGCCCGACGUGAUGGUCAUGCACACCGAUGUCGAGUCGCCGGGGAUCAACAGGGUCAAAGCGGUGCUGAAGCGGAAGCGACUGCGCAUGGUGCGGGACCAGGAGAUCGGACUGGCAGUGCUGCGCGUGUCCACCGAGCGCGACUGCAACCCCGCCUUCAACUACAAGGCCGCGUUCGUGACGCCGCUGGCCGGCUCGCAGAGCCAGGGCGUGCACGCGGGACGCUGA